AAGCCAACACAACACAACAAACCUUCACACAUUCCUUCCCUCUUCUCCCUCAUUCACGCCUUUUUCGCAACCGCCAUCCCUGCUGUGCUGUGGAUGCUGUUGCUUGGUCAUUUCAUUUAAGGGGAAGUGAGUGGAGGAAUUAUGGCGACGAUGAAGAUGAUUAAGAGCCAGAGUCGCAUAUUUGGUGCUCCGGUGGAGGAAGAGGGGAUGAGGAAGCAAGGUAUAGUCGCGAUUCUGGAUUCCGACGGCGGAGAGAGGAAGCAGGCGGCGUCGAUUAGGAGAACGCUGUCGGCGGAUAUGUCGUCGAAGAAAUGGCUCGAGCAGAACGGAAUGAAGAAGGUUGUUUCGUCUGAGGAACUGGCGAAGCUUCCGCUCUCGGUAGAUUCGUCUUCGUCGUCAUCCGAAGGUGAGGAGGAGUUCGAGAAAGUUCGCCGGAGGUUGAGUGAAAAACCGGCGCCGCCAUUGGAGGAUGUUUGGAGCUCGAUUAUGAUGUCGCAGAAGAGGAAGGAGUGUCCGCUGCCUCCGCCGUACGUUCAUCCGCUGGUGAAGAGAGCGUCGAGCAGUUUGAGUGAGAAGAGUCUCGAGAUCUGUACGGAGAGUCUCGGAUCGGAGACUGGAUCGGAUUGCUUUUCUGCUUAUUGUUCUUCGGAUGAAGGUAAGGAAGGAGACGAUAGGAUUUUUGAGGAGACUAAUAAGGUUGGAGAAAUUUUGUGUGGAGCUGUUAAGUAUAAGAAAUCGGCGGCGGCGGUCGAACCUCCGCCGCCACCGCCGCCGAUUCAUUCAAUUUCCGCCUCGAUUCACAUGAGUUCACACAGGGAGAACGGUAGGCUUGUUGUCGAAGCAGUUUCCGUUCCAGCGAGGAAUUUUUUCCAGGCUCACCGCCAAAACGGACGCCUGGUUUUGAGUUUGAUGCGUACUCCGUCGCCGGAUGAAACCGCCGACGAAGAGAUUCUGGAGGAGGAAGACGCCGCUGCCGCCGGAGAUGGCGGUUGCGCGGAGGAAGAAGAUCCGGCGGAAGAGGAUUUCCAAAGCCUAAAUUCAGAAGCGGUGGUGACUAAAUUCAUGACAAUCGGAAACCGUAAUCCGAAGGCCGACAAUACCGCCUGCGGCGGCGACGAGGUUGAAGAGGAGUUCACUCUCCCUCAGUCACUUCCGCCGCGAGUCUCACGACUGAUCCGAUCGCCGCCGACCGCCGCCUCAUUCAACGCGUACGAGUACUUCUGGAGGAACAUGGCAACCGGCGCCGGCUACGCGGUGCCGAAUCCGAUCAACAAACGCCGUCAUAACGGCGUUAACGGGGAAGAGAACAACGCGGACUAUUUCGGGGCGUAUUUCAGUGGGUGCAAGGAGGCCCGAACCCGAAGAUCCCUCUUGAUAUGGGAGCCCUAUAACUGCAUUGCGACCUAAAAUAAUAACAAUAAUAAUAUAUAAAAAAAAUUUAAUAUCUCUACCAAAAAAAUUAAAUAAAAUUAAUUAACAUCUCAAUUGAUUAAACCCUCUGCUAAUAAUUAUUAAUUAAUCAUAUGUAAAAAUCCUGUUGCCUAAUUUUUUUGCAUGAAUUAAUUAAUUAAGUCAUGUUGGUAGUUCUUUAAUGGUGAGUAAUAAAAUUUUCGACCUCAUUUAUUUAUGUCACCAUCAAUCAAAUUAAAAAUAUAUAUAUUUGAUAUUUUCACCAUAGUGGGUGAUGUGGUCUGUGUCUUGUCUUUGUUUUGUUUGUGAUAAUAAGAAAAUUAUUGUUGGUUUAACAAUUAGUUUUGCAUGUGAA